AUGCGAACGUUGUCUCCAAGUCGUCGCCUCGAGGCGUCUCCUACCUGCCACGCCCGCCCGUCCUCCUGCGUGCUGCCAACCCCUUCGUUAGGCCCCGCGGGCUCGGAGGCCUCCCAACAAGAUGGCUGCGGGCGAGGCGAAUUCUGCGCCGAGUCUGUGUGUGAAGAAGCGGCCGCCAGCGAUGAAGAAGACGCGGCGAGCCGCGCCCACGGGCGUCCCUCUGUAGGCCUGGAGGAAGCGGCUGCAGGGCCGUCUCCGUCGCAGGGUUCGGAGGUUCCACGCCCAGCCAGACAGCGGCGGGCGACCAGCGACGACGUCGUGUCGAGUCCCCAAGCCGCGUCUGAGCUCUUGCACAUGCGGGCUAGCACUUCGCAUUCGUCGUCUUCCUCAUCCGCUUCGUCUUCAUCGCCGCAUGCGUCGCAGCUGCGGGGGCCCUGUGGCAACGGCCCCCCAGGCGGCGAGGCCCCGCAGGGGCGCGAGGGCGGCGGAGCUGAGACAGGCGGAAAGCGAAGUCGCCGCCUUGCUUAUUCGUCUGCGACCAAGGCGAGUCGCCGCCGCGGGCGCUCGCUGCAGUCUCUCCUCGACUCGCCAGAGCUCGGGCUGGAGGAACUCAGCCGCCGCAAUCGCCUUCCGGACUACGCAGCGUUGUCGCCCCUCCCCUUCCCGUACCUGAACCUCGCGUGCUCCGCAAGCCCCCGCGGAGGCGACGGCGGGCGGACGGAGCUGCCUGCGGGGGGACUGCGAGACGACGCGCGAGGCAGCAGAGGGCAAGGAGGCAGAAGAGAGGGGCGAGGCUGCGGAGAGGAAGACGCAGAUGCGGAGAAGCCUGGCGGCUGGCUCGCGUGGCUCGCCAGCAGCCUCCUUCCCCUGCGAAGUCGGCAAAGGAAAGAUCAAGGGACGGCCUUCGGUGGAAGAGGUGGAGGAGGGAGAGAGGCAGGGAGGAGGGACUGCGUCGCAGACCCGCAUUUGGAGGCGCCGGGGGGACAGCUUGGCCUGAGGGAUUCUCCGCUCGCGAGUCACGCCCGCUCGGUUUCUCCGCGACGCGCGCCGGCGGCGCCGCCCCGGUCGCCCAGCAGCGUCUCGCUGCGCGUGUGCAUUUUGGUCUGGCCUGAUCGGCGGGUGUACAGAGGGGAGACGUUUGCGUCUUCGGUUCGGCACGGCUGCGGCUACGCGUUGUCUGGCGGCGCUGCGAGCGCCUCGGCUUCGUUUUUCGAGCUGAGGCAUCCGCCGCACGGGCUGAUUCGGUUGCCUGGCGCCGCCUCGCGCGUCUCCUCCGCGUCCUGCGCCUUCUUCCCGCGCGAGGCGCUUCUCAGCUGCAACGACUGGAGCGCGCUCUCGCUGCUCAGGGGCGUCGCGGGCACCAAGGAGCUGCCGACGGUGUUCGUACACACGGUCCCUGCCUCUGUGCGCGCGCAUGCGAGCGCGUGCGCGGGAAAGGACCUCCGUCCGCAGCAGCUCGACGGCCUGAGUCCGCAGCUCCUCCUCCUCGGCAAAGGCGGCAGCGGCGGCGCCCGCGGCCGCUGCCUCGCAGCGCUCGAGGGGCGGAGGCCGCUCGGGGCGGAGGGCGCGCUCCGUCUGCCGCCGCUGCUGUUCGGACCGGGCGGCGAGAGACGAGCGGGCAAAGAGGAGGGCGACGACGACGAGAAAGAACUCCUCGCGGCGCUCGCGGUGCUAGCGUCCUCCGCCUCCUUGCCGCGCGUGCCUGCAGGAUACUGCGGGCACUGGGAGCGCGACAAGCGCGCAGGGUGGGGUGUCUCCGUGCGCGGCAACGCCGGGCUGAAGUACGAGGGUUUCUGGCGCGAUGACUACAAAGAGGGCCUCGGCGUCCAAACGCAGGCCAAAGGCGUCCGCUACGUAGGCGGCUUCCGCCGCGGCGUUCGGCACGGCAAAGGCGUCCUCUUCCAGCCCACCGGAAGUAUCUACGCGGGCGAGUGGACUGACGGCUACGUCCUCAAGCAAGAGGUCCUCUUCUUCGGCGCCCUCGCGCGCCCGCAGGCUCCCGAGCGCGCAGACGCCGACGCCGAGCUGAACAGCAGAAUCCAACACCGAAGCGCCGCGCGCAGGACCCCCUGUGGCGCCGGCAGUCGCGAGCCCACAGACGAGCGCGCAGUCGGCGAGGCAGAUACCCUCACGUGGAGGGGCGUGAGCAGAGAAGAAAAGGCAGAGGAGACGCGGUCAACGGGGGGAAAGGAGGCGGCGGAGACACAAGUGCCAAGCCUGACGCACCCGUUCGCCCCGUCGACGUCGCGUCACCGCGCAACUUCGUCUUCGUCCUCCUCCUCUGCCACGUCCGCCUCCGCGUCCUCUACAGAAGGCCAUUCCUCUCGGCGUUGCCCACGCGUCGAAGGCGACGACGGGCGUCCCCCUCGAGGACGUGGGAGGGUCGCGGCCGCGGAGGUCUCCGCGUCGGAUUUGACGUUGCAGGCGUCCUCGGAAGAAGAGGGGAUGGAGCCCCACGACUCGAGGCGAGGCGGCACCCCGCGGCUCGCUGGAGCGCGCCCCUCGUCGCCCAGCCCGUAUUCGCUCAUCGACAGCAGCGAGCAGCCCUCGGUGUACGAAGAGGACGCAGAAGAAGAGAAAGACGGCGAAGCGAAGCAGGACGUGCUGGGGGGGGGAGACAGCCGUCGCGGUCCCAGACGAGAACGGGAGCGACGGAGCUUCUCGCGACCGGAAGGCACCGCGCGCCGCCGCCCGCGCUCGCUGCUGCCGCGCAUGCAGGCCUACCCGAGGAAAUCGAGUCUGCGCUUCUCUUCGCCGCAGCUCCGCGAUGAGGAACGAAGGCGAAGACGCAGACGCAGGCAACGCCGGCAAGUGGACGCGGGCGCCGACCUGGGCUCCUCAGCCUGUGUGUCUCGCACGCCGGAGGCCUCGAGCAGAGACUGCGCAGAAGAAAGGGGGCGGCGGAGGCCUCUAGAGGGCCCUGAAGCGCGGGCUGGGGGAGGGCCUAGCAAGGUGCCGGCCGCAGACACACGUGGCGCUUCUUCGUCCUCUUCUUCCUCGUCCUCUCUCUCGCCCCCCCUGCGUUUCCAAGCGACGCGUUACGAGGCGCAGCGACCGCGGGAGUCUCCCGACGCGUCGCUGGUCGUUCGAGGCGCACCGGCCUCAGCCUCCUUCUCCUCGUCCUCGCAUUCGCAUUGUUCGGCGUCGCGUGGAGAGCGGCGGCGAGCGAAGGAGGAAGGGGUGCAUGCAAGCGCAGCAGAGGCUGCUGGAGCGAGCCGUGGAGACUCGCGCAGGGCCGAAGUCUCUCAAGACGCGUCUGACGCAGGGCGGCGGAGACGCGACACGGGGCGAGAAGGAGGCGGCAGGGCGCCCCAGAGACCGUGGAGAGGACCGGAUUCCGCGGCGCUUGGCGACCGAGACUUUCCUUGCCUCCCUGCGCGGGAGCUCCUGAGUCGCAGCGGAGGGGGGGCUGAGGAGCCCGAGGCGCGGCGGCGGAGCUUCGCGGCUUUUCAGCAGCAGAUGAGCGAGGCGCGGCGCCUGUCGUCGGCGUCAGCGUGCGAGGAGUGGAGCACGGGGGAGGUCUCGUUUUUCUUCUCGGCGAUGGACUUCCCGCUGCGCCUUACUGAGACCCUGGCGGCGCAGGACGUGGACGGCUGCGCGCUGCUGCAGCUCCAAGAAGACGACCUGAAGGACAUGGGCAUCGCGGCGUGGGAGGAGCGCCGCUUGAUUCUGCUGGUCGUGGGCUUGCUCCACAAGCUGAAGCACCGCCACGCGCAGCGGACGCUCUACGGCGACCAGGAGCAGCUCGAGAAGACGCAGGGCAUCGUCGAGGCGCUAGAAAUCCCUGCGGCGGAGCUCAGCCUCGAGGGCCGGUUGGGCGAGGGUGGCUACAGCCGCGUCUACCGGGCGCGCUGGAGGUACACCAGGUCUCUCGAACUCGAGCAGCAGAAACACGCUUUUCUCCAGUAUCAACACGACGUUCAAAACUACUACGCCUGGGCGCACGCCCGCUCCCGCCUGCAGACGCAAACGCCGCCCUCGCCGCGCCUGCCCACCUCGGGCGCAGUCGACCCCCCGCGCGUCUCAGCCGCGGACGCUUCUGCGCCUCCAGAGGCAUGUCCCGCGCACUGCCCCCCCAGAGCCCCAGGCGCCGGCGGCGCGGCGGCUGUCGCCCCUCGCCCGGCUGCGGCCGCGCGCCAGGCCUGCUGUGCGUGUCCCCACACGGGGUACGGCUCGCCUCCGCUGCCUCCUUCGCCCUCGCUGCCUCCGACACCGCUGCUCUCCUCGCGUGCGCCGCUGCCGCCUGGCUCGGCGCUUCGGGGCGCGUUGGCGCCGGCAGCGACGGCGUCUCCAGGGGACAUGUGCGUGGCGAUAAAGAUCUUUCGGCAGCGCGAGUUGCGGGCGCUGCAGCGCAGCUUCUUCAGCGAGCUGUCGGUGCUGUGUCGCCUGGCGCAUCCGAACAUCGCGAUGUUGCUAGGCGUCGUCUCUGCGCCGCUCUACGGGCUCGUCACGGAGUACGUGCCUGCGGGGUCCCUCUUCGACCUGCUGCACAUGCAUCGCCUCUCGCUCUCCUACACGCAGGUCGUCCGCUUCGCGCGGGACAUCUGCCACGGCAUGCGCUACCUGCAUCAGCAGGGCGUGCUGCACUGUGACCUGAAGAGCCCGAACGUCCUGCUUGGCAAACGCGGCGAGGUCAAACUCUGCGACUUUGGGCUCGCCACCCUCAUCGAGACUGUGCCCGAAGCCGAGGAGCCCGCAGGGACCCGCGAGGCCCGGAGGCUGCGCCCCGGAGAGAACGCGCGCGACAGCCGCGCCGCCGGUACAGGCCGCCGCGCCCGCGCUGCCGGCGACGCGCGCGCGCAGCUGCAGGAGGCGCACCUCGGAUGCGUCGGCACGCACCACUGGAUGGCGCCAGAAGUGCUGCGAGGCGAGCCCUUCACGGCCGCCGCAGAUGUGUAUUCCUUCGGCAUGGUGCUGUGGGAGAUGCUGGCGAGGAAAAUCCCGUUCGAAGGCAUGAGCAGCCCUGCGCACAUCAUCACCGCGGUCGGCUACGGCGGCGCGACGCCGGUGUUCUCGCGCUUCCCGCCGCCGCUGCAGGAUAUUCUCGCGCGGUGUCUGUCCCACUCGCCGCAGCUUCGGCCCUCGUUCGCCUGGUGCGCGCACCAGCUGCAGGCGCUGUACGCGGCGAACACACUCGACGUCGAAGUGAAUCUCAACACGCUGCUGGGUCUCAGCGAGUGA